GUGUGCUCUAGCGGUCACUCCUAGUCCCUCAGUCCGGGUUAGAGGGCUCUUCUCUCGGUCACUCCUUCGGAGCUCCGGGGCUGUAGCAGUGAUGAUGGCGGCGGCGGCGGAUCGAGGGGCGCUGCGGGCGGCGGUGCUGUUGAGCCCGCCGUGCGGCGGAGCGGUAUCGGCCUGUGCUGGAGCGAGCGGGGCCGGCGUGCUGAGCCCGGGCUCGGUGGUUGUGGGUCCCGUCCCCGCGCCCCUGACCGUGCCCAUGAACUUGUUCGCCACCUGGGAGAUCGACCGGUCCUCUCCGAGCUGCGUGCCCAGGCUCUGCAGUCUGACUCUGAAGAGGCUGAUUAUUCUAAGGGAGUUGGAUAAAGAGCUGAACUCUGUCGUCAUCGCCGUCAAAAUCCAGGGUUCCAAACGUGUGUUGAGAUCCAAUGAGUACGUUCUUCCCCCCAGCGGUCUGAUGGAGACGGAUCUGGAGCUUACCUUCUCUCUGCAGUAUCCACACUUUCUGAAGAGAGAUGCUAACCGGCUGCAGAUCAUGCUGCAGCGACGGAAACGCUACAAACACCGGACGAUCCUCGGCUACAAGACGCUCGCUCUGGGGGUCAUCAACAUGGCUGAGGUGAUGCAGCAUCCUACAGACGGAGGUCAGAUCCUGGGUCUCCAUAGCAACAUGAAGGAUGUUGCAGCACGUGUGGCAGAGAUUAGUGUGUUCUCACUGUCCAGCCAGCCGAUUGACCAUGAGGACGGCGGCCAGAGCAGGAACAAGAACAAAAACAACGAUCGCUCCCCUGAUAUGGAUAAUUAUUCGGAGGAGGAUGACGACAGCUACUCCUCAGAGCAGGAGGCCAGCGAUGACGCAGUGCACGGACAGGACCUCGACGAUGAAGACGAGGACGUCCAGAAGCCCAAGAAAUCUCGACGCAUAGUGAUCCGAACCACCUCCAUGACUCGGCAGCCGAACUUCAAGCAGAAGUUUGUGGCUCUGCUGAAGAGGUUCAAGGUGACAGAUGAGGUUCUGGACUCAGACCCGGUGGAUCAGACACAGGAGGUGGAGGAUCUGGACCUGCUGUACGACAGCCUGGAGGAGCACAACCACAGCGACAGCGGCCCGGACGUGGAGGACAACGAGAGCGUGCUGAGCACACCCAAACCAACUCUGAGGCCGUUUUUUGAGGGAAUGUCUCACUCCAGCUCUCAGACGGAGAUCGGCAGCGUACACAGUCAGAGGAGUCAACAACAGGACACGGGCUGUGGUCUCCUGCCUGCAGCUCCUGAGGAACGACAGCAAGAGGAGACGAGCACGAACACAAACAGUGGGGAGGCUGAGGGGGAGGACGGUGGUUUAGUGAUGGGAGACGAGACCUGCACUGACCGACUGACCGGUUCCACAGCCAGACUCUGCAAGACUGAGGCACAGAACCAAGUGUCUCCCAGUAAAGUGGACAGCCGGCUGGCCAUGAGGGGGCGCAGUCUAAAGGAUCGGCAGAACUCCCGAAAUCAGACUGACCGCACGAUCAGUGUGGAGAGUGAAAACUCACCGGACUCACGCCAGCCAGCACAGAUCCUGGAUCUCCUGCAGGUGCCUAGGAAGUCGGUGUAUGAUCAGCUGAAUCAGAUCCUGAUCUCUGACGAGAGACUUCCAGAGACCAUCAUCCUCAUCAACACUGUGGACUGGCAGGGACAGUAUGUAGCAGAGGUUCUCCGUAAACAGGCCCAGCCCAUCGUGUCCACCUGCUCUUCUGCAGAUGUUCAAGCUGCAUUCAACACCAUCGUAACUCGCAUCCAGAGAUUCUGUAACUGCAAUGCCCAGACUCCGCCCACCGUUAAGGUCGCCGUGGCGGGAGAUCAAAGCUACCUCAGCACCAUCCUGCGAUUCUUCGUGGAGCAGCUGGCCAACAAAACACCCGACUGGCUGAGCUACAUCCGCUUCCUCCUCAUACCGAUCGGUUCUCACCCCGUAGCGAAGUGCGUGUCUGCGUUCGACAGCAGGUUCGGUGGGAUGUUCAUGGACACGGCGUGGAGGGAGCUGUUCUGCAGGACGGAGCCGCCGGCUGCAGACAGUGUUGAUGUAGCGGGGCGGAUCCUUCAGUACCUCGCUGGGGCCAACGUCUCCCACCAGUUCCCCAUCUCUGAAGCCAUGCUGACCUACAGACACAAAAGGAAGAGGAGUUUAUAUUUUGAUUUUUACAUCAGCCCUGAUGAAGACUCCUGUCAGAAGUUUGUGCCGUUUAUUGGGGUUGUGAAGGUGGGAAUAGUGGAACACAGUCUGUCAACAUCAGUGGACUCUGACGAUGCUAUGGGUGGUGGCAUUGGUAUCCUGACCACACCUCCAUCCCAGCCAGCCACAACCCAUGGGAGGGAAAUGUGUGUGACUCCGCCCCCUUCUCCCUCCACCUGUACAGCCCUGACUGGAGUCGGGUCUCCGGGUGCAGGUGGGGAGCUGAUGGGUCUGCAGGUGGAUUACUGGACGAUGCAGGGCGGAGAGAAGAAGCGCGAUGGAGAGAAAAGGGAGGCGGGGCUGAAGAACACGCUGAAGAGUAACUUCCGCUUUCUGCAGGUCAGCCGUCUGCCCUGCAGGGGGGAGCUCACCCCACCGCCCAGCAUGGCCAUGACCGUCGUCACCAAGGAGAAGAACAAGAAAGUGAUCUUCCUCAGUAAGAAGGUGAAGGAGAAGGAGCUGGACUCCAAGAGUCAGGUGAUCGACGGCAUCAGCCGAUUAAUCUGCACCGCCAAACACCAGCACACCAUGCUCCGAGUCUCUAUAGACGGUGUGGAGUGGAACGAUGUGAAGUUUUUCCAGCUGGCCGCUCAGUGGCCCACCCACGUCAAGCACUUUCCUGUGGGCAUCUUCAGCUACAGCAAGCACAUCUGAACUCACCUGAGGUCACCUGAGCACAAGUGAACUCCCCUGAGGUCACCUGAGCCGUGGUGACCGGCAGAGCUAAAGGAGUGAGAGCCAGUCUGACGCAGCAGUACUGUUUCCUGUGGAAACUCUACUGUCUCACUUUCAGCGUUUUCACGUUUAUAUCUGUGUUUUUUUGUGUUGUUUUUUUUUAAUUAUAUAAACAGUUCAUAUUUUAUACUUUAAUAUACAGAAAAACCCGCUGCCUCUUCUCAAACAAAGCCGUAUUUUUGAUUCUCGACAAGUCGCCACCCGAGGCAGCUGUCGGUGCACUUUGUGUGUUUGUUUGUUUGUUUGUGUGUUUGUUUGUUUACUUGCUUCCUGUGAAACCCAGUGUGGGCUGUUGUUGCACAGACAGAAGUCGGAGUGGCUGUGAGGGUCUCGACCUCUUUCACCUGAAUCUGCGCUGGUUUAUCAUUUUUCAGAAACUUGGUUUUUACUGUAGCAGAACAACAUCGAGCACCUUGACCUGCCUCUGACUGUAAAGCACAGCCGCAGCACAGAACACAGCCGCAGCACAGAACACUAAGACUGGUCCAGAACGCAGAGCGCAGCACAGAACAUAGCCGCAGCACAGAACACUAAGACUGGUCCAGAACGCAGAGCGCAGCACCGAACACAGCCGCAGCACCGAACACAGCGCAGCACAGAACACUAAGACUGGUCCAGAACGCAGAGCGCAGCAACGAACACAGCCGCAGCAACGAACACAGCCGCAGCACAGAACAAAGCCGCAGCACAGAACACUAAGACUGGUCCAGAACGCAGAGCGCAGCACCGAACACAGCCGCAGCAGCGAACACAGCGCAGCACAGAACACUAAGACUGGUCCAGAACGCAGAGCGCAGCACCGAACACAGCCGCAGCACAGAACACUAAGACUGGUCCAGAACGCAGAGCGCAGCACCGAACACAGCCGCAGCACAGAACACUAAGACUGGUCCAGAACGCAGAGCGCAGCACCGAACACAGCCGCAGCACAGAACACAGCUGCAGCACAGAACACUAAGACCGGUCCAGAACGCAGAGCGCAGCACCGAACACAGCGCAGCACAGAACACUAAUACUGGUCCAGAACGCAGAGCGCAGCAACGAACACAGCCUCAGCACAGAACACAGCCGCAGCACAGAACACUAAGACUGGUCCAGAACGCAGAGCGCAGCACCGAACACAGCCGCAGCACCGAACACAGCGCAGCACAGAACACUAAGACUGGUCCAGAACGCAGAGCGCAGCACCGAACACAGCCGCAGCACAGAACACAGCCGCAGCACAGAACACUAAGACUGGUCCAGAACGCAGAGCGCAGCACCGAACACAGCCGCAGCACAGAACACUAAGACUGGUCCAGAACGCAGAGCGCAGCACCGAACACAGCCGCAGCACAGAACACAGCCGCAGCACAGAACACUAAGACUGGUCCCGAACGCAGAGCGCAGCACCGAACACAGCCGCAGCACAGAACACUAAGACUGGUCCAGAACGCAGAGCGCACCACCGAACACAGCCGCAGCACCGAACACAGCGCAGCACAGAACACUAAGACUGGUCCAGAACGCAGAGCGCAGCACCGAACACAGCGCAGCACAGAACGCUAAGACUGGUCCAGAACGCAGAGCGCAGCACCGAACACAGCCGCAGCACCGAGCACCGCGCAGCACAGAACACUAAGACUGGUCCAGAACACAGAGCGCAGCACCGAACACUAAGACUGAUCCAGAACGCAGAGCGCAGCAGCGAACACAGCCGCAGCACAGAACACUAAGACUGGUCCAGAACGCAGAGCGCAGCACCGAACACAGCCGCAGCACCGAACACAGCGCAGCACAGAACACGAAGACUGAUCCAGAACGCAGAGCGCAGCACCGAACACAGCCGCAGCACAGAACACAGCUGCAGCACCGAACACUAAGACUGGUCCAGAACGCAGAGCGCAGCACGGAACACAGCGCAGCACCGAACACUAAGACUGGUCCAGAACGCAGAGCGCAGCACCGAACACAGCCGCAGCACCGAACACUAAGACUGGUCCAGAACGCAGAGCGCAGCACCGAACACAGCCACAGCACAGAACACUAAGACUGAUCCAGAACACAGCCGCAGCACCAAACACAGCGCAGCACAGAACACGAAGACUGAUCCAGAACGCAGAGUGCAGCACCGAACACAGCCACAGCACAGAACACAGCCGCAGCACCGGACACUAAGACUGAUCCAGAACGCAGAGCGCAGCACCGAACACAGCCGCAGCACCGAACACUGAGACUGAUCCAGAACGCAGAGCGCAGCACCGAACACAGCCGCAGCACCGAACACUAAGACUGGUCCAGAACGCAGAGCGCAGCACCGAACACAGCCGCAGCACCGGACACUAAGACUGAUCCAGAACGCAGAGCGCAGCACCGAACACAGCCGCAGCACCGAACACUGAGACUGAUCCAGAACGCAGAGCGCAGCACCGAACACAGCCGCAGCACCGAACACUAAGACUGGUCCAGAACGCAGAGCGCAGCACCGAACACAGCCGCAGCACCGAACACUAAGACUGAUCCAGAACGCAGAGCGCAUCACCGACCACAGCCGCAGCACUGAACACAGCGCAGCACCGAACACUAAGACUGGUCCAGAACGCAGAGCGCAGCACCGAACACAGCCGCAGCACCGGACAAUAAGACUGAUCCAGAACGCAGAGCGCAGCACCGAACACAGCCGCAGCACCGAACACUGAGACUGAUCCAGAACGCAGAGCGCAGCACCGAACACAGCCGCAGCACCGAACACUAAGACUGGUCCAGAACGCAGAGCGCAGCACCGAACACAGCCGCAGCACCGAACACCAAGACUGGUCCAGAACGCAGAGCGCAGCACCGAACACAGCCGCAGCACCGAACACUAAGACUGAUCCAGAACGCAGAGCACAUCACCGAACACAGCCGCAGCACUGAACACAGCCGCAGCACU